UUUAAUGAAAUAAUUAAUAAAAGUUUAAAAGAAUAAUCAUCUAUUUACGAUAAACAAAAUCAAAAGCAAAAUAUAAGAGUAAAUAAAAUAAAAAAGAAAGAAGUCUAUCAUCAAUCAGGAUUUGAUUGAAAUUACAAGUAAACUAGGCAAUAAAAAGAGCGGUAGGCCGAUAGAUAAAUUUUUAGGAAGCAUAGCUAAAAUGUCGUUUAAAGUGAAGAUAUCUAGCAAAACUUGGAUUAAAGAUAACUACAAUUUAUUUGAUUAUGACUUAGAGAAAGAUUUAAAUUUGAAAGAACACACCAUAAAGAGUGAAGGAAUUCUAUCCAGAAAACAAGACGAUACAUUCUUCUAUUGCAAGAACAAAAAGUCUGGAUAAUAAAAUGAUAUUUCUUAAAUGACAUCAGACGAUAAAAAGUUACUUUAGCUGAAAUUUUAAGACAACCUUGUAAAAGUGUACCCUCCAGAAGAAAAAGAUCAAUAGCUAUGGAAGGUGGUCUCUCGUUCUGAUUCAGAACCCAUCAUAGUCGAUUUAAAUGAUACUAUAAAGAUUGGAAAAAAGCAGUUUACUAUCCUCUAAAUUAAUUUAAGUAACAGUAAGUAAAUGCUAGAUUUAGAUAAUCAUUAUCACGUUUCAAAUAUAAUGAACACAUUCAUCUCAGAUGCAGAUAUGAUGAAUUCAUCAGCAACUUCACAUGGAAACUCGAGAGUUGGUUCUUUAGAUCAUAAUCAAAUUGAAAAGCAAUAAGAGAAAUAAGAAAGAAUGCCUUGCAGAAUUUGCUUGAGCUCUAGCUGUUCAAGAAAAAAUCCUUUACUUGCUCCAUGCAAUUGUAAGGGAAGUACCAGAUGGAUUCAUUACGACUGUGUUUAGUAAUGGAUUAAUUAGCGUAUUUAAAUUAUUGAAAAACCUAAUUAUGCAAACAUAAAAUCGCGUUGUAUUAAAUGCGAGCUAUGUAUGACACUCCUUCCUCCUAAUAUAAAGUUAGAUGACUAAGUUUACAAUCUGUAUCAAUUUAAGAAUCUGAAAUUUGAUAAAUUUAUAGUCCUUGAAGACGCUGACGGAUUAAUUUAUAUGCUUAACUUUACAAAUAAACAAUAUUUUAAUAUUGGUAGGGGACACAACUGCGACAUAAAGCUCAGCGAAAUUACAGUCUCUAGAAAGCAUUUAAAAUUAGAAGUGGAUAAGGAUAAUAAAAUUAAAUUAUACGAUAUAAGCUCAAAAUUUGGUACUUUAGUUCUAGUCAAGAAACCUAUUACAGUUUAAUACGAUCAAAAUUUAGACUUGCAAAAUGGAAGAACCCAUAUAAGAAUUAAAAGAAUUGAAAAAAAGAGCAGGCUCAGAUAAUUCUUUAAUUUCUGUUACUGCAGAAAAGAAGAAAUAGAAUACCCAUCAAAGCCUGUUCAAAAAUAAUUGAAACACGAGAUUUGUAGAGAAAGGGACUUCGAAAAUCAUUAAGAUGAAGUAUAAAUCUCUAGAGUAAUUGAUGACAGUCAAUAGUUUUAAUCGCCUUACGUGGUUUACAACUUUAGUUAAUAAAAUAAUAUAAAUAUACCAUAGGAUCAGAAUGCAGAUAUCUCAUAAAAUGCUAUUAACUUUAGGGCUAAUACUUAGGUAAUGUAGGAUUCUUAAUAGCGCUCUUAAUCUGUUUUAUUUGGAAGUAGAAGAUAGCUAAGUCCUUUCUAGUAAAACCAGCAGUCAUAAAUGAGACAGUUUGUUCCAUAAUCAAACUCUUCACUAGGAAAUUACAUAGAAAUAGAUGAAACUAACGAAUUAUAAAAUCGUAAUUAAAUUAAUAUAUAAUAACUCUCAACUCAGUAACAUUAAUCUUAACCUUUACUGAUGCCUUUAAUGAUUCAUUAGGAAUCAGUUAAUGAAUAGAUGCGUGAAGAAGAAGUAGAAGACUAAGAAGCUCAGUACAAUUCAUUCAGUAGAGCAAUCAGAGCCCACUAGAACUCGGGAUCCAUACCCAUCAUUAUUCCUCACUCUAAUUCAGCACCCACAAACGUUGAUUUUAUGCCUCCUCCUAUUGGGUUUAGGUGAACGAUCAAACUUCAGGUAGCUUUUAAUUAGUUUGCUUUUUUCAGAAUUUUGCUGCUGUUUACUUAGUUUAUUAAUUAAUUAAUCAACCCAUCCAUCCAUUCAAUCAAUCAAUCUAUCUAUCUUCACCUUUAUAUGUAUUAAUAUAAAAUCCAUUAUGAAGUUAAACAAACAAAUAAAUAAAAGAAAGAAAUAAAGAAAAAUUCUUUUGCUUCUAAAGUAGAGUUAGUUAGUUAGUUCGAUAUUUAUUGUCAAUAUUAAUUAUAAUAACAAAUUCUCAUGAAAGGUACUUACUUACUUAUAAAAGCUUCUAUUAACAAAUAUAAACUAUUUUUAAAUUGCUUUAUUAAUAAGCAAGUCAAUAUUAAUAAAAUUGUUUAAAAUAAUCCUACCUAUCUACCUAAGCACUAUAUAACUCAAAUUGAUAAAUAAAAAAUCGAUAAAAUGAAUAAAUUCAAUAAUUAUAUUACUACAAAGUUAAAAAAUUUAUUAAUUAAUUUUCUUUUUGAUAUUUAAUAAAAGUAUAUAAUAAUUACUCAAAUAACCAUCAAUAAAUAAAUAUAUAUAUAUCUAUCUUUCUAUCAAACUACUUGAAAAAUAUUACUUACUCUAGUAGCUGCAUAUUUUAUAAUAUUAUUUUGUAAUAAAAAAUACAUUAUUAUUUACUACACAAAUUAAAAUUA